GUGGAAAAGAGUUUUUGCAUAGAAAAUUAAGGUCGUUUCCAACCCGAGUUUUAGAGUCUUGCAGGAGUCACGAAAUGAAAACUCGAUCGAGUGAAUUCGAUGAUUUACCGAAAAAAAAUUGCUCCCUUCCAAUCAUAGUCUGAUGUGUAAAAUUCCGAGAAAUAUUAUUGAGGUCAGCCCGAAGGAUUUGUUAUGAGGACGCAGCGAUAGAUCAACCACUGGGCAGGCCAUGAGCAACGAGAACGAAUUGCUACUGGAUCGAUUAUGCUCGCUGCAAUACGUUUUUAGCGAACGAGUAAAACCUCGAGGAAAUUUGAAUCUCAAUAAUUGAUGGAAUGAAUUGCUGAAAUUUUGGACAUUGGUUUGAGCGAAACGCUUAUGACAGAAUUUUUCUUCAAGUAUUAAACACCUCCUUUACGAUGCAACUGGGGGUAUAGCUCAGUGGUAGAGCAUUCGACUGCAGAUCGAGAGGUCCCCGGUUCAAACCCGGGUGCCCCCUCAGAGAGUUACAUUUUUCUCGUCGAACUUGCGUUUUUUUCUUGUCGACAUGAUUUUUCAGUUCAAAACAUUUACGAGGCGAAAAUGAACUGUCAAAAUAUUUAUUUUUCAUUGCGUUUUUUAAUAUUUUUGAACAAUAAGUGCAAUUUUCCCCGAAUAAGAAGAAAGAAGGAGCAGGAUAAAAUGGACGAUUUAUCGUUAUUCUGCUUUCUUCAUUGAUUUCGUAAAAAGUAAAUAAGAGGCGGUGAGUCAUUUACUUAUUAUUUGCCACUUGCCACUAUAUUAUUUUCACACGGUGCACGGUGUGGCUCUCAAUGGUGAUCGAAACAAACACCAACGCCUAGCGCCGAGAGCGUCGCGUAGGAGAAACUCGAGCAAAUAUAUAACGUGGUAUGCGGUGGUCGUCGCAUCAUCGACAGUCGGCAGCUCGAGGACACGGGCAUCGCGCGGACAAAUUUCACGACGAAAACGAUUGGGUGAUGGGGAUUAGAAAUAUCGGAGGAUAGUCUGGUGGACGGAAGAAGAAAGAGCAAAGCAAAGAGGAGUAAUAAAGGAAAUGGCUACGUGUGUGUGUGUGGCUCGAGUUGUUUUUCACUUUUACGAAACUGUCGAAACACGCAAAUAAUAAGAUUAUCGGUAGUUUUCUCACUUAGAUUCGGACUCGACGAUCGUGCUGAAAGUUGGAUUUAUUUGAUUGAUCGGUCUGUCAUUUUCGACGUAGCUGAACAUGAACUACAAUCAUUCGGGAGCUAGGAGAGGAAAGCCAAAGAGGAUACUGGAUCCUUCGACAGGGCUGUCCAGUCCUGCAUCACCUCCGUCUCAGCAACAGCAGCUGCCACAGCAGCCAGCUUACACAUACAAUCAGCAGCAACAACAACAAUCAACACCGCAUCAACAACAACCACAAUCUCCGCCAAUACCUCCUCGAUAUGGGUUUGAGCCGAUGCAAUCGGCAUCCCCCUAUGAGCCUCGGCGUGCGGAUGGCUAUUCGAGUCAACAAUUUGCUAGUACUCUGCUAGCCGAACCCAUUGUAACUAACAUGGCUCUGCAGUACGGAAACGCUCUGGUUGGCUCGAGCAAACAACAGCUAGAAAAAUAUGUGCCUGUAUCAGCUAUAAAAUAUUACUUUGCUGUCGACACCGAUUAUGUUUUUGUCAAACUGGCAAUGCUUUUUCUUCCGUUCACCCAUAAAGAUUGGUCAGUCAAGUACGAGCAGGAUGGUCCGUUGCAGCCGAGGUACGAGAGAAACGCUCCGGACAUGUACAUUCCGACCAUGGCAUUUCUGACGUACGUCGUAAUGGCCGCCCUUUCGCUGGGUAUGCAGGAACGUUUCAGUCCGGAGCAUUUGGGCAUUCUUGCGAGUACAGCUCUCGCGUGGGGCUUCGUAGAGCUACUAGUACACUGGAUCACGCUAUACGUUAUGAAUAUCGAGACGAGUUUGACGAGUCUCGAUCUUUUGGCUUAUUGCGGCUACAAAUACGUCGGCAUAAACGCCGCUCUUCUUUUUUCCCUCGUUUUUCGAAGGAUCGGUUACUACGCUGUUCUUUGUUACUAUGGUGUAUCACUGGCGACCUUCCUAACCCGAUCAUUGAAACUCCGAGUCGUCCCGGAGGGUCACACUUCUUACACGGCAUCGGGCAACAAAAGGAGGCUCUACUUUAUACUUUUCGUUGCUUUCAUUCAACCGCUGCUCAUGUGGUGGUUGUCCUAUCAUCUUAUAUAGAUUUAAAGAUCGCGGAGCAGACCUCGUUUCUCUUACGAUCAAAACGUGCUUUCUUUUUUUUUUCACGAGAGCACGAAAAAGAAAGAUUGACGACGAACGGUAAUGCGCAUUUCUCAAUUGUACAUCAAUUUACGCUCGGUUGCUUUGUUUCAAUGACCAUCGUUACAUCACAAAUUGUUAUUCACCGAGCUUACAAAUGGAUGACUGUCAAUGGCCAUACAUCGAGGAUAACUCGUACGAAUGUACGAGAUCAAAACAUUCGUACUCAAAAUCGCUGAUGUCGAUAAUUUAUUACCAAAUUAAUAAUAAAUAAAAACGAAACAAUUUAAUAAUAAAGAAAAAAAGAAUCA